GAAGCGAGCACAGCGCCACACUAAUUCUUAGCUCGUACUUGCAUUAGUCAUUUUCAUCUGAAAAGUAAAACGUUCUUAACAUAAGAUAUCAGUAAAACAGCAGGUUUACUGUAGGCAGUGUAAGGCAACAGCUCCUGUUGUGUAACACUUGCUCUCGCUUUCUUUCUUUCUCUUUCUUUGUCUCCGCCAUCCCUCCAGCUUCGAAGAAAGAGAAGAAGAGGAGUGGCGGUAGGUCCGGGCUGUACCUGACUCCCAGCCGGGGCCGGGCCGGACUGGGCCUCGUUGUUCCUCCUCCCCAGAACUACAGCCGGCACCUCACUCCCUCCAUUCUAGACUCUGCUUAUUCCUCCAUCGCUAGCUGAUGUGCCGCCACACUGCGCUCACUAAAACGGGGACUCUUUGAACAAGUCGCGACGCGCCCACAAAAUAUAUGCUGUACAUAUAUUUUAUUUUGGCUGGCGGAUUUACUUGGACUGCCCUUGAGAAGAUGCUUGUCCUGGUGCUCUCAUUGCUGCUGCUGGGUCUGACCAGAGCAGCGGGGCCGGCACCGGACAAGACCUGCACCGACCUGCGCCAGUUCUACACCGGGAAGGGCUUCACCCUGGCCGGAGUCCCUCAAGCGGAGACCUCCGGUGAGCAUCUGAGGACCUGUCCCCAGGGUCCAACAUGUUGUACCAACAGUAUGGAGGAAAACCUGGAGGGUCUGAGUGCACGAGAGACAGAGGCACUGAUCAGGGAGGCCGGCAGGUCACUGCAGGCUGCCUUCAACGCUCUCUAUAGAAGCUUUGACACCUAUUUCACUGAACUUCAGAGUCGCUCUGAACGCUCCCUCCAGGAGGCGCUAUCUCCUCUUGGCCCCCUAUACUCCCAGAAUACAAGACUCUAUGGUGAUUUGUACUCUGACCUGAAACGGUACUACCGCGGCUCUGCUCUUAAUUUGGAUGAGACAUUGACUGAGUUCUGGUCACACCUUCUGGAACGUACCUUUAAAAGCUCCACCCCCAGAGAUGUCACCCUGUCAGAGGACUACCUUGAGUGUGUUGCUAAACAACAGGAGACCUUGCGACCAUUCGGAGACAUCCCCCGGGAUAUGAAAACAAAGGUUAUACGGACUUUUGUCACAGCCAGAUCAUUUGUCCAGGGUCUGAUCAUCAGUGGGGAGGUUGUCAGAAAGGUUUCACAGGUCCCACUGAGUCCAGAAUGUGUGAAGGCUUUAAUGAAGCUGGUUUACUGCCCACACUGUUGUGGCCUUGCCUCUGUCAAGCCAUGUGCCAACUACUGCUCCAAUGUUGUCAAGGGCUGCCUCGCAAACCAAGCUGAUCUGAAUCCCGAGUGGCAGCAUCUUAUAGAUACCAUGAUCCAGGUGGCAUCUAGUUUCAGCACAGAGCCCAGCAUCGAUGUGGUUUUGUCAUCCAUCCCCUCUCAGAUCUUUGAGGGGGUUCACUUGCUAAAGGAAAACAUUGACACCUUUUCAGCCAAAUUGUACCAAACAUGCGGAAGUCCAGUUGAGCCAGGCACAGGAAGCCCUACACUUGACGAGCCAAAGCAAAAGAAGAGCAGCUCUCUGACUGCUUCAGAAACCAAACCUUCUCCCACUGUGAGCCUCGGACUCGAGAUGCAGGUGUCAGAUCUCUCCAGUAAAUUAAGGGAAAGGAGACAGUAUUGGCUUCAGCUUCCUAUAGCACUUUGCAGCAAGUUGGCAGCAGGUGGCGCCAACCAGGAUAAAUGCUGGAAUGGCAUCACCAAAGCCAGAUACCUUCCUGAGGUGAUGGGGGAUGGCUUGGCCAACCAAAUCAACAAUCCAGAGGUUGAGGUUGACAUCACCAAGCCAGACAUGACCAUCCGACAACAAAUCAUGCAAUUAAAAAUUAUGAGCAACAGGCUAAAAAAUGCCAUGGAUGGGAAUGAUGUGGAUUUCCAGGAUGCGAGUGAUGACAUCAGCGGCUCUGGAAGUGGCACGUGUCUAAGUGGUCAGUGUACUCGAAGCAGACCGGGACUGUACGCCUACCCUCCAGACAACGAACAAGUCACGGGUGCAGCCACAUGUCCAAGCUGCCUGUAUUGCAUUCGAUCGCUGCUCCCACUCACUGUCCUGCUACAUUGUUGUCGAUGAUGCUAUGCCUUGUGCCAGACUCUGAAGCCCAGAAAAGGACUUGCUCAUCGCACGGGCGGUUAGAGUAAAGAGGAGGGAACAUUGGAUUAACUAUGCCGAAAAGGAAAAGAACGUUUGGGGAAUGAUUUUGUGAAGAGGAACAAAAAACGCCAGUAACAACAGUCUGUGUUCUACUAUAGUUUGAUUGCAAUUGUUGAGCUGGUUUCAAUGAAUCCCAAGGAAGAGGAUGAAGUAAGAUGUAAAACAAAGAGGACUGAUAAUGAAAAAUCAAGUAAAUGUUCAUAAUUGUGAUUUAUUAACUUCCUCGGGGGCUCAUUGUGCUCCCCUCACCAAGGACUGUGAGCUCAGUGACAAAUACUGUGGUCAUGUGGUGCAUUCAAGGCUUUUCCAUUUUUAUUUGUUUUUACUCUGUGAUAUAUUUUUUAUCUGGUGAUGAGGACAUUUACUUCAAUAACAUUGUAUACAAUGUCGAUAUCUGUACAGCCAGUAUGCAUUAUGUUUGAAUCAAUACUGGCACGAUGGAUAUACAUUUGUAGGUGAAUACUCUAUUAGAAAUGAAUUCCCGAUAGCCUGUGAUGUAAUUGUAAAGAUUUUGUGGUGUGUGUUGGUUUAACAAAUAUUUGGUCGGAUUUGUUUGGAUUCCAGAACAAUCCUCUCCCUCCUUAAAUGUAUGACAUGUUGUGAUUGCAAAUGUUACUGUUCAAAUCAAUAUGAAAUAAGCAGUCAUCACCAGAAUACACGAUCAAAGCACAGACUGCAAUUUCUAGGAAUCCAUGAUUUUGUUUUGCUGUUAAUGGAGCAAACAUAACAUAAAUCUGCCACUUUUAGUGACCAGACUGUGUGCAUGUCACAACACACAACUCGAGUUUUUUUUCACUCAAUGCACACGUGUGUUAAUCCGCUGAUCCAUACGUUGUUAUGAAAGCAAUAAUACAUCAGGAUUAGCAUAGGAUAAGAGCACAGCAAAGUAUUUCUAUCUUUAAAAAAUAGAACAGAAACAAAAAAACAAAUAGGGUAAUUGUUGACCAAAGACUACCCUGAUUAUGUUCCAUACACUUGUAACCACUUUUGAGCAAAACGCCAGCAGUGGGAGGCCUUACAGUGGUCAAUGGGAAAUAAUUUAGACUGGAUAAAGUAAAAUAAUCUUUUCCUGUGAUCCACAGCAUAAAAAAAAAUGAAAAUAAUCUCUGCAAGACCAAAUAAAACAAUUACUAUAAAACUAAAGCUUUCGGAUCACAUAACUCCACCUGUUUAAUAUUGAAAUUACAUUUGACAUCCAAAACCUUUUUUUUUUCCUUUUUCCACACAUUACUUUGAAGUUGUUUUGCAUAAUUGUUUUUUGUAAUACUGAUACAACAAAUUACUCUCACUAAUUUGUUUUUCAUGACAAUCUUUAUGUUCACGAAAAUAUAGCAUGUACAGAUACGAGGCUGCCUUUAUUUCACUCUGCAUGUUUGCUGAAAUAUUGGCAACUGGGGUUCCCCUGAAAGUACGAGCCUCGUCACACAUUCCAGGCAUUAAACUUUCAUUUUCAUUUUGUCAAGGACAAUUUGAAUGAAAGAUUUAGUGUCCUAACAUUCAUCACUGAUGCAUCUAACUCAAGAAGAUGCACGCAAAGAUGACUAGAAAAGUGAAUAAUGAGUAGAUUUUAAAUAUUUCAAAUUGCUGAGUUAAUGCUCACAACAUUAUAUUUAUGAUGAAAUACUUUGAUUUCCGUAUAUGCAACUGUUUUUUUAACAUGUAAAAUAUAAUAUAGAUGAAUGAGCAGAGAAAG